CCUUUCCCCCUUUCUUUCUUUUCUUUCAUUCAGAAAGAAAUCACACAACCCCAGCCAAAAAACCCUAGCAUUGUAAGCCUACACCACCGCCGCAAGGAGUGGCAUACUGCCGCGUCCGUCGCACUCAAAGUUCGCCAUCCGUCCGUCUAUCUAGCUUCCCUCGUGCUCCAAGUCUUCAACCCCUGUUUGCUGUCACCGAUCGCGGCUGCUUCCUCGACCUCGGCGUCCGUCGUCUUUGUCUGCUCAGCCGCGCUUCCGUGGCCGUUUGUUUGCCGUUCACGUUCGCGUCUUCGUUCAUCUGUCGUGUUCGUUCGCGUUCUUCGCCGUUCACGUUCGCUCGGCGUUCACCGUUCGCGUUCACCGUUCGCGUUCACUAGCUGUUCACCGUUCGAGUUCGCGUUCGUCUGGAAGCCACGUUGCUCUGCUUCAAACUCUGCGACCAACCCGCGCGCUCCACCCAGCCGUCGAACUGCUCUCUUUUGUCGCCGCCUUGGACCAAUGAACCAUUAAACCAGUGACUAAAGCAGUUUGAUGAUCGGUCCAGUUUUCAGAACCUUGGUGAAAAGAAGAUAAUGAUAGCGUUAGGAUUCGAGGGUUCAGCCAACAAAAUCGGAGUCGGUGUUGUCACACUUGACGGCACCAUCCUCUCCAAUCCACGCCACACAUACAUAACCCCUCCCGGUCAAGGCUUUCUCCCAAGAGAAACCGCUCAGCACCACCUUCACCACGUUCUUCCACUCGUCAGAUCCGCUUUGGAAACCGCCAACGUCACUCCCGAUGACAUCGACUGCAUCUGCUACACCAAGGGACCUGGAAUGGGUGCUCCCCUUCAGGUCUCUGCUGUCGUCGUUCGCGUCCUCUCUCAGCUUUGGAAGAAGCCCAUUGUUGCUGUCAACCACUGUGUCGCUCAUAUUGAGAUGGGUAGGGUUGUCACCGGUGCCGUUGACCCUGUUGUGCUUUAUGUUAGUGGCGGUAACACUCAGGUCAUUGCAUACAGUGAGGGUCGUUACAGAAUCUUUGGUGAGACCAUUGAUAUUGCUGUUGGUAACUGCUUGGAUCGCUUCGCUAGGGUUUUGACGCUUUCCAAUGAUCCCAGUCCUGGUUACAACAUUGAGCAGCUUGCUAAGAAAGGAGAGAAAUUUAUUGACAUUCCUUAUGUUGUCAAAGGGAUGGAUGUAUCUUUUAGUGGAAUACUUAGUUACAUCGAAGCGACUGCAGUUGAAAAGCUGAAGAAUAACGAGUGCACACCUGCAGACUUGUGCUACUCUCUGCAGGAGACUCUGUUUGCUAUGCUCGUGGAGAUAACAGAGCGGGCUAUGGCUCAUUGUGACUCGAAAGAUGUCCUUAUAGUUGGUGGUGUGGGCUGCAACGAGCGUUUGCAGGAGAUGAUGAGAACAAUGUGCUCUGAACGGGGUGGGAGGCUGUUUGCCACCGAUGACAGAUAUUGCAUUGACAAUGGUGCAAUGAUAGCUUAUACUGGUCUCCUUGAGUUUGCUUAUGGUGCGUCGACACCACUAGAGGACUCUACAUUCACCCAGCGGUUCCGAACAGAUGAAGUGAAAGCAAUCUGGCGAGAAGCAAACUCUACCAAAUUGAAUGGUCUUGCAGAGAAAAGCAUUUGAUUUGUUAUUCUUCAGGUCUGAGUCUGAUUGCCUUCAAGCUCAAGUUUAUACAUUAGGACCUUGUAUUUUAUUAGGAUGGUAAAUUAUAUAUGAAACUCCUCAUUUUUAUUUAAUAUUCUGUUAUCAGUGGAGAGUGGUGCAGUGAUGGCACUGAUCCAAGAUGUAGGAGAUGGUUCAUUACCAAUGUCAAUUGGGGCAUCACUUUAGACAGUAUUGGUUAUAGUUUUUUCAUAUUACAUAUUGUCUAAGGUAGUCAACUUAGGUUAUGUAUUGAGUUAGUAGUUUAAGGUUGUAUCUUUUUUUUGUUUUCGACAGGAGUUUAAGGUUGUACUAGCUGAGGACCCGUGCAGUUGCACGGAAUCAUACAUUUAUCAUAUUUAAAAGUAUGUUUAAUCUAUCCUAAUAUUUUUACUUUGUGAUA